UCGAGCCUUGAAUUUAAAGAACAGGAGUCAGUCGGAAUAUCAAUCGCGUCUCGUCAGUGCUCUGCACGCGAGCGAUAGCUUUGCGCUCGUCGCGACACAACGGCCGCGUGUGCACACGGGUCGCGCUCUGCUCCAGCGCUUAUAACAACGCUACCGCAGCCGAACAACUCAGUAUCCAACCGAUAUCUGAAUACUACAUUCAAAGUAAACUUUCAACGAGCUUCAUCAACAAAUCAACUGUGCAACAUGGCUCCCAUCGAAAAGCACCAGCAACUGAAAUACGAAGCAAACGAAAUCAAAUCAUCUGCGCUGGAAUUAAUUGGCAACACACCUAUCGUCGCAUUGGAUCGUAUCUACUCCGGACCUGGACGCGUGCUGGCAAAAUGUGAAUUCAUGAACCCUGGUGCAUCGCUGAAAUGUCGCUCAUCCUUGAGCAUGAUCAAUCGUGCUCUUAAAUCUGGCGAGCUGAAGCCCGGUGCACCCGUGGUGGAAGUGACGUCAGGCAACCAAGGCUGCGGGCUGGCUGUAGUGUGCGCUGUGCUGGGUCACCCACUCACACUCACCAUGUCGAAAGGUAACAGUGCUCAGAGGGCUAUUCACAUGGAGGCGCUGGGCGCUAAGUGUGUGCGAGUAGAUCAAGUGGAGGGAACGUACGGCAACGUAACACUCGCUGAUGUGAAAGCUGUUGAAGAAGUGGGCUUGAAGAUCGUCGAAGAACAAAAUGCUUACUACGUCAAUCAGUUCAAUAACCCAGCAAACGCCGAAGCUCACUACGAGAGCACGGGGCCUGAAAUCUGGAAGCAGACUGGACAUCACGUGGAUGCUUUCGUAGCAACAGUGGGCACUGCUGGCACAUUUGUCGGCACAUCAAAAUAUUUGAAGGAGCAGAAUCCUAAUAUAAAAACAUUUGUCGUGGAGCCUGCUGGCGCAGAGCCGAUCAAAGGUGACAAGAUAACGAAGCCCCUUCACUUGCUGCAGGGCUCGGGAUACGGGUGUGUCCCGAACUUGUUCAAGUACGACUAUAUGGAUGGCACAUUAAGCGUGACUGAUGAGGAGGCAGUCAAGUACAAGGAUUUAAUUGGUGAGAAAGAGGGUCUGUACGUUGGGUACACGAGUGGAGCCAACGUAGCGGCGGCUGUCAAACUGCUGGAGUCAGGACUUGUUCCUGAAGACGCGUGGGUCGUCACGCUACUGUGUGAUACCGGCCUUAAGUACACACCAGUGCCAGAAGAGUUGUCUAAGUAACAGUAUUUUAUAGUUCAUAUGUUAAUUAAUUUUAUUGACAAUUGUGAUUAUUGAUGACAGUCGAAGAGUGUAGGUAAGUGACAAUGUGAUUUUAAUGUCGAAUAGUUACAAGUUACAUAAUUAUGAAAUUAUGUGUAUUUUAAUGCUAGAAAAGAAUUUCAUUGAUAUUAUACCCAUA